GCUACUGUAUACUUUGGCCACAACGGUUCAUUUGUCCUUUUAUUUUUAUUGUAUUGAACGAUGUUGAGAUAUUUUUGCUUUUUGGCGGUGAUUUUGGGGGUGAGAUCGGCUUCCACCCCCUUUAUCACACCCUGCAAAAAAGGCGACAGUGCCUGCAUCAUCGCUUCAGCUCAAGCCGCCGUCCCCUUCCUCGCGUCCGGCAUCCCGGAGCUCAACGUGCCUUCCCUGGACCCCCUACUGCUGAAGGUGGUGAAGUCUGAGGAGGCGGGGUUGAAGCUCACGCUUAAGAAUGCUACGGUUACUGGGUUGAAGGAUUGCAAGUUUGAGAAUAUUGGGGUGGAUGGAGACAAGCUGGACAUGAUGGUGCGCUGCUCCGUGGUGUUACGAGGCUGGUACAAGCUGCGAGGAAUGAUACUCGUGCUACCUAUCCGCGGGGAAGGCAAGAACACCAUCAAAAUCCGUGACAUAGUGAUCACAGCCAAUGCCAAACUGGCCACAGUGAAGGGAGCCGACGGCCAGGAGCAUUGGCAGAUCGGCAAGCAGUGGGAUCAUUCCUUCGAUGUUCGCACUAAGACCACCUUCGACUUUGAGAACCUCUUCGAUGGAAACAAGGCUCUAUCGGAUCCUGUCGAAGCAAUAGUAAACACCAACUGGAAGUUGGUGAUGACGGAAAUAGCGCCCCCUAUCGUCCGCGCCAUCGCCGAACGCGUCGUCUCUGCGGUGGACGCGUUCUUCGGAGCGGUGCCAGUCAAUGAGCUACAGAUAUAAUAAUUUGUGAAAAUA